AUGGUUAGCCAUGCAGCUUCCACUGAAGGAUAUUUGGAGAUCAAUAACCUCCACAGGCGGACUGGUAAUAGCACGCGCUACCUUCAAACCUUGGCCGGGCUUACCAUGAGCAACGAUGAGAAGGGCAUAUAUCUGGGAGGAUGCUCUGAAACGCUGAUGAGGAUGUUGGAACUGGAUUGGAGCCCUGAGGGUAUUGCGCCAGGCGUUACAUGUCGAGCCAUAAAGCAGUACACAGAAGAGGGAAGUGGGAGAUACGACGUGGCUUGCUCAGCGAACCGCCUUGCCGUUCAGGGAAGAAGACACAAAGAUGUAACGGAGGAGAUCAGGAGAGUAUGGCGACACCUAAACCAGGGUGACCGUUCCUCAAUGGAGUCGAUAGAGAGGGUCGAGCGAGAGGGUGUAGCAUCGAUGCAGACCAUAUCAGUGAAAGACUGGAAAGUGACUGUGGCGGAUAGAAUCGGAAACAUCAAGGUCGGAAACCUGGCACUGGCAACGUUCCUUGUAAAGAGAUAUGCGAUUCUAGGCGUCCUCAAGAUCGGACCAUGGAUGCUAAACAACGCUACUGCACUAUUCCUGCCACCAAGGCAGGAGUUAUACGUCUGUGAUCCCAACUUGUCAUUGGACUCAUGUCACUUCAAGUCAUACUGUAUUCGCACCCUUGGAGGCUCCUGA